CAGGAGAACUAUGAGAUGGUGGUCUUGUUGGGGUUUCCAGUUUCCAAACCUGAUGUGAUCUCGCAGCUGGAACGAGGGGACGAGCCGUGGGUCCCGGACCUCCAGGGCUCUGAGAAAGAAGUGCUCUCAAGAGCUGCCUGCACAGGGAGUGACCUAUGUUUGGAUUCUCUCGGUCUCCCAUCAGGUGAUGGGAUGGUGAGUGAGAAUGAGGACGAGAAACCCCAGCAGGAAGAUGCUGAGCAAGUAGAACAACAUGGGAUGUUAUCAGGAAGAUCCAAAAGGAAUGUUUCCGGGAGUUGUGCACUCCCAGAAAAAGCAAAAGCAUGUGAGACUCAGCAGAUGCCAGAGGAAACCUUCAGUAGCCACUCAGACCUUAUAACCCACGACAGAAUCAACUUGAAAGGGAGAUGCUACACAUGCCAUGAGUGUGGGAAAAGCUUCAGUCACAGCUCUGCCCUUAUCACACAUUGUAGAAUCCACACAGGAGAGAAGCCCUACACAUGCGCUGAGUGUGGGAAAAGCUUCAAUCGGAGCUCACACCUUAUCUCACAUAGGAGAACCCACACUGGAGAGAAACCGUAUACGUGCUCUGAGUGUGGGAAAAGCUAUAGUCAGCAUGCAAAUCUUAUCACACAUCAGAGAAUCCACACACGAGAGAUGCCCUACACGUGCUGUGAGUGUGGGAAAAGCUUCAAUCACAGCUCUACCCUGAGCAAACACAGGAGAAUCCAGACGGGUGAGAAACCUUAUGGAUGCUCUGAGUGCGGGAAAAGCUUCAGUCACAGCUCUGCCCUGAUCACACAUAGGAGAAUCCACACAGGAGAGACGCCCUACACAUGCUCUGAGUGUGGGAAAAGCUUUAGUCAGUGCUCAAACCUUAUCGCACAUCAGAGAAUCCACACAGGAGAGAUGCCCUACACAUGCUCUGAGUGUGGGAAAAGCUUUAAGCACAGCUCUGCCCUGAUCACACAUAGGAGAAUCCACACAGGAGAGAAACCAUAUGGAUGCUCUGAGUGCGGGAAAAGGUUCAGUCACAGCUCUGACCUGAUCACACAUCAGAGAACCCACACAGGAGAGAAGCCCUACACGUGCUCUGAGUGCGGGAAAAGCUUCAAUCAGCGCUCACACGUUAUCAGACAUCAGAGAAUCCACACAGGAGAGACGCCCUACACGUGGUCUGAGUGUGGGAAAAGCUUCAGUCGGAGCUCAAACCUUAUCACUCAUAGGAGAAUCCACACAGGUGAGAAGCCCUACACAUGCUCUUAGUGUGGGAAAAGCUUUAGUCAGCACUCACAACUUAUCUCACAUUGUAGAAUCCACACAGGAGAGACGCCCUUCACAUGCUCUGACUGUGGGACAAGCUUCAAUCGGAGCUCUGACCUGUUUAUACAUCGGAGAAUCCACACGGGUGAGAAACCUUAUGGAUG